UUGAGCCUAGGACACGGCAAAGAGGAAGGAAUAGUUCAUCUCAGUCACUGAUAUGAAACACAUCGAGUUAACACGAAAAGGAUAAUAAUGUACUGGCACAGUUCAGGCAUUAGUCGGUGUGUGAUGGUGGCGUAACACCAGUGCAUUCUGACAUUCGCGGACCUCUCGCGUUCGGGUUACAAUACGGAAUUGGAAUUGGAAUUGGCUGAAUGUUACGGAUAAUACGAGUUUUACCUUUUGUGAUUCUGUCGGAAAAAGAUUGCGUGGAAAAGUUUCUGUCACUGUGAAGAAUCUUCAUUAUAGCACUCGUAUAUGUGUGUUGUGAUAUAAGGAGAGUUCCUUGAACUGUAAUAAAUCCGAAUUAGAUGGAAGAAAAUGUACAUGAAAAAUUGACGGAAAAACGGAAGUUUCUUGUAAUCAGCUAACUGAAAGUAAUAGGUUGUUCGUUGGAUGAGUACUCGAGUCUGCUGGAGGCUCUGCAAUCCAGUACCAUUCAAUCAAGUGUAGUGAGAAAAUGUCACACCAUGGAACCAACAAGGACCAUCACAAAGAAUCGCCCGGAUCUGUUCCGGUUUCGAAUGGAAUGCAUCCCCAGGAGCAUUCGUGUGAAAUCUGCGGCAUGUCCGGGUUGUCAGACGACGCGAUGCGAGAGCAUACUCGACAGUGCCAUGUGGAGGGUAGUGCCCAGUGUCCGUUCUGUGGACUCAGCGGUGUUCCCGCUGCCGAGCUACUGUUGCACGUGAAUCAAGCUCACUUAGAUUAUUUGACGCCGGAGAAUGAGCUGAUGAGUUUUAUCGACGAUCAAACUCCAAGCAUCGAUGGCGAUUCCGACUCUAUCUCUGACUGCCGUGGACUUUCUCCUUCGAUCACUUCCGAGCUUCUUGCACCGGUUUCGAACGCAUACACUAAAUCAGGCAUCAGCAACGGUGUAGCGAAUGUUCCCUUGAUUUCUAGUUCAACGGUUAAUUAUUUGAAUGGUAGCAGCAGUGUGAACAGUUCUAGCAAUUACAAAAUUUGUUCUUCGAUGAGUACUUCGACUACAAGUAUUAGUAGCAAAUCUAGCAUCGGAAGUCAGGUGAAUGGAACCAGCAGUAUCAGUGCCAGUAGCAGUAGCAACAACAGCCAUCUACCCGGUGCAGGCAAGAUUAAUCAGCAGCAUCAGUUGAACAAUCAACAGCAGCCAGAAGUAACGAUAACAACAACUAGUGCAAGCAACAAAAGCUGUGAUAUGACGAACGGGAGCAAGGACGUGAUAAUGAAUGGUGGAGGUGCAGGUUGCACCGGUGGCGUAACUGAAGGUGGUGCGGCAGCACCAACCAGCAACGGAACGGGAGCGGGUGGUCAGGGAUCACCGCUACGAUCCCAGCUGGGUCUCAAACUCAAAGCACACAAACCGAUUCCAACAACCACGACUAAGCCGAGUCCGCUGCAGUGCUUGCUAUGCCCAUAUACAACUGAAAAUCCAACGGUGCUGGAAGAGCAUAUAAAUCGGUCCCAUUUUGAUCCGCUAAGCCCAAGUGUGAAUAACGGAGCCAGCGGAAACACCCAUGUAGAUACUUUGAGUGCACUACAGUGUCCCAUUUGUGCGAGAACAUUUGAAUCAGGGUCCGAUUUAGAGCUACACGUUAACAUAGAACAUCGGGAUAUACUGAGUCCUGCCAAGGCAGAUCGUCAGAGUGGGGGAACUCCAGCGGCAGCUGCGGUUAAUGGGAGUCUAACUGGCAGUCUGUGUCCCGUUUGUGGGAUUUCAUUCGAUAACAUGAAAACAGCUGACAUGGAAAUUCACAUUGAGAAACACUUUAGUAAAAGUCCCCAGAAUCCGAGUUUACAGGAGCCAGAUCUGGGGAAGCAAGCUCAGAAAUUACGUGAACAGCGUGAAUUCGAAAUGCUCCGGGCCCAGUAUGGCAUGGAUGAUCAAGGGAACUUUCGGGAGCAAUCGGCAGCGGCAAUGCAGCGAGCAGUAUAUGCCGGAGAGAUGAGCGUAGCCGAUUACUAUGAACGACAAGUUGGGCUGCGGGCAGCCGAAUCCCACGGAGUGGACGAUGGAUCGUCCUGCACGAAAUCAGUAGCCCCUAGAGUACUUGCAUUAUCAUCUUCGUCACCCAACGUGGUGAAAACGUACGUCUGCUCAAGCGUCGAUCAUUAUGCGUCUAGUUAUGGCGACAAGGGUUGGGGUUGUGGGUACCGAAAUCUCCAAAUGAUGCUAUCGUCGCUAUUACAGAACACUGCUUACAACGAAGCGUUAUAUUCGGCGUGGGGUUCACAUGGUCCCGCCCGAACCGCAAUGCCAAGUAUCUCCCGUUUGCAGCGAAUGGUUGAAGCGGCUUGGGCCCAAGGAUUCGAUAUCCAGGGGUCAGAACAGCUCGGAUGUAAGCUAUACAACACACGAAAAUGGAUUGGUGCAACGGAAAUCGUCACCGUCCUGUCGUGGUUGCGGAUCCGUUGCGAGUUGGUGGAUUUUCAUAGACCUACUUCCCCUGACGGACGUCAUCCGGAACUGUUCAAUUGGGUAUUGCGAUAUUUCGAGGAACCCAGAAUACACACACCUCCGCUGUAUUUACAGCAUCAAGGUCACUCUAGAACAAUAAUUGGCAUCGAACAGCGAACAUCAGGACUGUCCUUGUUGGUACUAGAUCCCAGUCAUGGCCCGAGACAGGUUGCUGCCCUUGGUUCUUCGCAGGAUUCCCUUCGAUUGAUACGGAAAAAUUCAGCAGCAAUGCGUGCCCCGCAGUAUCAAGUGGUUGCAGUCAAGGGUCUCAUCGAAACAGAAGAACAAUACCAGGCGAGUAAAAUUUUGCGGUCUCAUAGAAUUCCACCCGACCGUUGACGUGCGGCCGAUGUUUAUCUGAUAUUCGUUUCGCUAAUUUACGAAUAGAUCAUUGGUUUUACUUAGUCUAGAAUAAAAUUUAGCUAACCCUCGAAAAAGGACAAAAAUUAUCGAAACAUAGAAAACAGAGUGGAAUACUCAACAAAUGCAAAAAUAUCCCAAAGACGCUCUUUACACACACGAUAACACUCACACGGACACCUAACUCAAUUAGUCUAAUUCUAAACAAAUUCUGCAAUAAAAAUCAUAGGAUAGAUAGUUGUAAUGAAUAGUUCACACCGUUUCUGUAAUAUCUUUCUGUUCUUAUUUGACAUCACUGGACCGCAACUCAGUUCUAGUUUCGGAAGAAUUUUGCUCAGCACUGAAUGUCGAUUGCUGGUUCGAAAUGUGAUAGGGUCGACAUAAGAACAAAAAAAACGCUUGCCUUCUACAGAACAGUUUUAGCUAUAGCGCAACAUCUGAACUCUCGUAAGAUGUGAAAAGUUACCGUGAUAGCUUUACGUACGUUCACUAGAGUUAGGUUCUUUCGGUAGUUAAACUGCAAAGUUGACGUUUAGUCAAUUUAGGCAGCUUUACUUACACGGUACGAAGGCUGACUAGAAAACUGUUCCUAUUAUGUUUGUAUAACUUUUAUUAUCCUAAAGUUUAGAUCGAUCGAGUAGAGUUUGUUAUUCGUUUUAGCUUCGGAAGCAUGGCUUCUUUUCCUGUUUUAUCACUGGAUUAUCUAUACCCAUCACGCUGGAAAUUGUUGUCGAUGUAUUUAUAAAUAUGUAUCAUAUAUAGAAAUCUAUAAAGACAAUCCAGCUUCUGUUGUGAGAAAAGAUUAUUACUAAAAACGAGUUACCUGGCUUCUCAAACUAUGUCAAUAAUCACGUUGAUUCGAUGUAAGCAAAUAUACAUGUUCGGAAUAUUCAAACAUUUCAA